AUGCCCUGCCCACAACUCCCUUCAGAACUCUGGCUCGAAAUCUUCCACUAUUGCUCCGCUCGAGAUCUCUGGCUCUCUUUGAGAAAGACGAAUGGACUAUUGGAAGCAUGCGCCGAGGACAUCAUCUGCAAAGACAUCCUGCACGAAUUCACAAUCAGCUACACCUUUUCCCUGGGAGCUGGGACACGACCGAGAUGGUACGAUGUCAAACCGAGCAUCAUUCUUUGCUUUUCGGGUCUAUCAAAGUACAAUUCCCAAUACGCUCUCUUUGACAAGAUUGCUUUCCGCCCGGAGCCCUACCAUCAACGCGCCUGGGAGAAGUGGAAUCAGAUUUGCUGUGGCGAGAGCGUGGGCGAAGACUGGGAAUGGAAAGUUGCAUGGAACGGGGAGGACGUGCGACGGAUGAAGAUGCCAAGGCUUAUGAUUUCGAGAGACCAUGGCGCGUGGUGUGAUUGGAGGGAGAUGUUGGACGGGUAUUUCAGUCCCUAG